GUGGUUGUUGGUGUCACGUGCGGUCUUGACGCCGGUGGAGAAUCCCUUUAGCUCCUCUCCGCUGCUUUGCUUUAUUUUUGCUGCCGUGGAGAAACAAGCUAAUAUGUGGAGCAGCGGGGAAYUGGGUCAACCCGUUCGGAACCAGGUCCAGGCCAGCUGAACGGCCCGGCUCGACUCGGUCGGUAAACAACAUGACAGCACCGGAGGAGGUGAUUUAUGGUUGAUCGUCGGGUCCUCGCGGCGUGUCGGACUGAGCUGCAGCCGCCGACGGACGCGGCUAGCCGGCGGCGGCUAACGGAGCGAUGUCCUCGGACGGAACCGGAACCAUCCGGAGCCGCAUCAAGAACCUGCUGCGCUCCCCGUCCAUUAAACUCAGGAGGAGCGGAACCCCGCGGAACAAACACGACCUCAGCAAAAAGGUGAUGUUGGAGAAGGUGAUCGGCAUCACAUCACCGGGGAACCGAGCUCUGGCCUGCGACCCGAGGACCGGACUCCUGGCCUACCCUGCAGGGUGUGUGGUGGUCCUGCUGAACCCCCGUAAGAACAAACAGCAUCACAUCUUCAACAGCUCCAGGAAGGCCAUCACCACCGUGGCCUUUUCUCCAGAUGGGAAAUACGUCGUGACAGGAGAGAGUGGGCACAUGCCAGCGGUGCGGGUCUGGGACGUGUCGGAGCGUCUCCAGGUGUCCGACCUGCAGGAGCAUAAAUAUGGCGUCUCCUGCGUGGCGUUUUCUCCCAACGGGAAAUACAUCGUCAGCGUGGGCUACCAGCACGACAUGAUGGUAAACGUGUGGAACUGGAAGAAAAACGUGGUGGUGGCAGCCAAUAAGGUGUCCAGUAAAGUGACCGCCGUCUCCUUCUCAGACGACAGCUCCUACUUUGUGACCGCCGGGAACCGACACGUUAAGUUCUGGUACCUGGACCACACCAAGACCUCCAAGGUGAAUGCCACGGUUCCCCUGCUGGGGCGUUCAGGGCUGCUCGGGGAACUCAGAAACAACUUCUUCAGCGACGUGGCGUGUGGGCGGGGCCGGCAGUCCGCCUCCACCUUCUGCAUCACCUCGUCAGGUCUGCUGUGUGAGUUUAACGACCGCCGGCUCCUGGACAAGUGGGUGGAGCUACGGAGAAUCGACUGUCUUUCUACGUCCCAGGCCACCUGUCUGUCCGUCACAGACGAGUUCAUCUUCUGUGGCUGCUCCGACGGGACUGUUCGAGCCUUCAGCCCCGUCAACCUGCACUUCCUGUGCACGCUGCCCCGCCCACACUGCCUGGGCGCCGACGUGGCCAGCAUGGUGAACGCCAGUCAGCUGUUCUCCUGCAGAGGGGAGGAGCGGUACCCGGAUGCCGUGGCGGUGACCUUUGACCCCACCAACCACUGGCUGUCGUGCGUUUACAGCGACCACAGUCUUUACGUUUGGGACGUUCAGGACCUGCGCAGGACGGGGAAGCUCUACUCGGCGCUCUACCAUUCCUCGUGUGUGUGGGGCCUCGAGGUGUACRCAGAAGGAGGAGGAAGAGAAGGAUGUGAGGGACACCUUCCUCCUGGGUCCUUCCUGUCCUGCUCCUCAGAUAACACCAUCCGGCUGUGGAACCUGGGCCGCCACAGCGUGCUCCACCGGAACAUCCUGAGUAACGACCUGCAGAAAGUUAUUUACGUGGACGACAACACUGCCAGUCUCCUGGACAUGGACAGCUUCACCGUUGCCAACGGGAACACGGAGAAGGCGGGGUCAUCGGCGUCCGAGGGCCAGCAGACGGACCAGAGCAGGACGGGCAUCAGAACCCUGAGAGUGAGUCCAAACGGACAACACCUGGCCUCUGGAGACCGGAUGGGGGUCCUCAGGAUCCACGACCUGAGCAGCAUGGAGGAGAUCCUGAACGUUCAGGCCCACGACUCUGAGAUCCUCUGCCUGGAGUUCUCCAAACCAGACACAGGUCUCCAGCUAUUAGCCACGGCCAGUCGGGACCGUCUGAUCCACGUCCUGGAUGCGGGUCGAGACUACAGCCUGGUUCAGACUCUGGACGAGCACUCGUCCUCCAUCACCGCCGUCAGAUUCGCAGCCAAUGAGGGGAAGGUUCGGAUGAUCAGCUGCGGCGCAGAUAAAAGCGUGUACUUUCGUACAGCUCAGCAGGUGGGGGAGGGUUUGGAGUUCACCCGGACGCAUCACGUCGUCAGGAAGACGACUUUGUACGACAUGGACGUGGAGCCAACCAGGAAGUACGCAGCUUUAGGCUGUCAGGACCGAAAAAUCAGGAUCUUUAACAUCAGUAACGGUAAACAGAAGAAGGUCUACAAAGGCUCUCAGGGUGAGGAUGGGACCGUCGUCAAGGUGCAGAUCGACCCGUCGGGACUCUACGUGGCCACUUCCUGUUCGGACAAAAACGUCUCCGUGUUUGACUUCUUCUCAGGAGAAUGUGUGGCCACCAUGUUUGGACACUCAGGACACGUCUGCGACUCGUCUUCCUCGCCGCCGCUGGUCUCGGAGGACRGCUGGCGCCGACAGCGUCCUGAUGGUGAACUCCAUGCUGGACCUGAGACUCCUGGACUCCUACAGCUCCGACGCUCAGCAGAAACCCGAGGAGCUGAAGGCGUGGCCUCACCCUGACUGGCCUCACCCUGACAACACCUGCAGCCUGAGGAGGCGGAGUCAGCGGGUGGAGCCACUGGUUCAUGGGACCAAUGAGAAGCUGCAGAGCACCACCAGCCUGCAGGUCUGCUCUGCCUGGGCAGAUGAAGAAGCAAAGAGCAGCCAGAGACCAGACUACAUCCAGCUGUCCACCCAGACCCUGAACAGAGAAGACCUGGUCUUGUUUCCAGACCAGUGGGAGGACAGGAUGAGCCUGAUGGGCAGUGAGUUCCAGGUGAAGGAGGUGUGUCCUUCUGCUGCACCUGGACAGCAGGACAAACCCAGUCCAGACAGCGGCUGCUCUCUGGGCUUCAGCUCCACGUUGUCCAGUCCAGAAAGACCCUCUGGACACGACUCUGAGUCCACUCUCUGCGAGGACAGAGAGUCCUCUGACGUGGAGACAAAGAAUGAGGAAGAGGAGGCUGUUCCUGACAGUUUGGACCAGGAGGCCUUCCUGAAGGAGAACUUUGUCACGUUGGCUGACCUGUCUGCCUCAGGAGGUCCGAGCAGAACGUCUCACAGCUCCAGUGAGAGUCUCAGCAUCUCCUCCAGGUUCCUGGCCCAGAACUCAGCUGGAAGCCGGACCGGACUCCCUGUAACUGCGUGGCCCGGUGGGGGGGAGGUCAGAGCCCAGCCCCCGGUCUCUGAGGUCCGGCCUCUGAUGGAUGAGAGCCAGAGCCAGACCUCCUCACCUCAGAACGGAUCCCAGGAGACCCCCUCGGUCCAGCCGGCCCCCCAGCACUCACCGCCGAUGAAGAAAACCUCAGCGAGGAACCCAGACCUGGUGGUCCACGCUGCUUCUCCACAGCUGAAUCCUGGACUCCGGCGGGCCCAGUCGGUCCACAGUCUGGUUGAAACGGGUACCGGUGCCGCAGGUCUCCGGUCCCACCAACAAGACCCCCCGCUGACCCCCUUCUGUCUCGCUCCAGCAGGUGACCCCUCAGGUGCUUCUAAAGAGGCCCGCCCUCAGCGCCCCACCACCCUGCCGUCCUCUCCCCGAUGGCCUCCGUCUAUGGCUCCGCCCCCUUUAAAGCCCAGCCCCACCUCCCCGCGCUCCCCCCAGCAGGAGAACUGUGCUCUCACGCCUCGGAAGUCCUCCUCGUCCUCGCGCUCCUACAUGAGUCCCACAGCCAGCUCCAUGGCCAAGAUGUCCCGCUCCGUGUCCAUCGGCGAGGGUCUUCAUGUCCCCGACCCUGCUGAGGAUGCUGCGGUGACAUCAUCAGGACCCCUCCCCUCCUCCUCCUCCUCCUCCUCCUCUCAGGUCAAAGAGCUGACCUCUCCUCGUGUGGCUGUGGUGCACUCCAACAUGUCUCUGACCACGCCCCCUCAAGCGGCUGCUCCUCCCACUCGUCUCCAGGCUCGUGUCCCCGGCAGCGGCCGACCUCUKCCAGACAAACCCGUCCUGGACUCCUUCUCCUCCUCCUCCAAGCCUACGGGCUCCUCCUCAUCGCUGCCUCCUCCUCCUCAGACACAGGAGGAGCCUGGGACCCCUGCAGGUUUCAGUGCAGACCACACAGAGGACCCAGAUCAACCAAUCAGCCUGGAGUCCUGCAGAGCUCUGACCAAUGAGCUGCAGAGCUGCUUUAAGAGAGCCACUCACCUGUACAGGAUGGUGAGCGGCUCGUCUGUAGAUGACUCCGCCCCCCACCAGAGUCAGAUGUCUCUCCUCCUAUCAGAGGCCUUCCAGGCCAUGAGGGCGGAGCUGGACUCUUUGCCGCUCGGUGCACCGAGCAUGCUGGGAGGAGUCAGGGAGGAGAAGACAGCAGCUCUGCUGGAGGAGUACUCACUGCUUCUCCUGCAGGCCGUCCACAGGAGGAUCAACACCUCCUCCUGACCUCAGGAGAAUCAACACCUCCUCCUGAACUCAGGGGGAUCAACACCUCCUGACCUCAGGAGUUCCAACACCUCCUCCUGACCUCAGGUGGAUCAACACCUCCUCCUGACCUCAGGAGAAUCAACACCUCCUCCUGACCUCAGCAGGAUCAACACCUCCUCCUAACCUCAGGAGGAUCAACACCUCCUCCUGACCUCAGGAAGAUCAACACCUCCACCCGACCUCAACAGGAUCAACACCUCCUGACCUCAGGAGGAUCUCAGGAGGAUCAACACCUCCUCCUGACCUCAACAGGAUCUCAGGAGGAUCAACACCUCCUGACCUCAGGAGGAUGACCACCAGCACCUCCAUCACCUGACACCUGUCCUUCACUUCUUGUCUGACCUGUUAUCAAACUGCCUUUAAAGUGUUUUUUCUGGUCCAGAGAACAACUUGUGAUCCUCCUGAGGUCUCACCAGUUCACAUGUUCACACAUUCACAUGUUSAYGCUCAUCCUGCACGUUUAYUCCUCACCUCCAGGACCUGAGCACUAAGAAGUCUCACCACCUGGUUUCUGAGCAUCAUUUGCACGGAGCCGUGCUUUUCUCAGUGUUGGACUCACAAAGAGAAGGACGUCGGCUCUCUGUUGUUCUGGAGCUUCUCUGGACCCAGCACAGAGAAGCUUCAUCGAUGCUAAAAUGAAAACUGGGUUCUUGAUUUGUUCCAGACCUGAGUGUGGACCCCUCWGCAUGGCUGCAUGGGAUAAUUAUCAUUUUUAAAAUGAUGUUWAACCUCUGGAUGUGAAGCACUUUUUUGUUAAACGUUUUAUAAAAACGCUGUAUUUUGUUGGACAGUUAGUGUGUAGAUGCAACAAAGCCUGACACUCAUCACUGGGACUGAAGAGGAACUUUUCCUGACUUGUCUUCCAUCGUUUUUGUACACGGCAGCAGGUUUCUCUCCUCGCGUUUCUUCUCCUAAUUGCCACCAGCUCUGAGGAGGCUGUAAAUAUUUGAUGCAAACUUUCCUGCUGGGUCUUUGCGAAUCAGGCGCUUUUAGCCCCGAUGGAAAGUUUUUUCCUCUAAAUGCUGCAGAAAAAAAAACGGCUGAAAUGAGGGCGAGCUGCGUCGGCGCAGUUUGAGGCGCACCACUCCCUUUGUGAAUCGGACCUGACCUCGAUGCACAUUCGAAAGAAAACAGGAUUAGUUUUUCUUGGAGGCGUGGACUGACUGUUAAACUCUACCUCCUGAUCUACAGCCAUCUCUAACAUCGAAGUGAACUUUUAAAAAUCGAUUUGCAGCAACUGAAUCAUGGAUUUUUGGAUUAUUUUCCCCCAUCAUUUUUUUAAGGUGGACUGGUUGAACUGUGAGCCGGAUUAAACAGAAGAUGGAUGGAGGGUUUGUGUUUUUGCUCGUCGUAGUUGUUAGUUUGGAAAAAAGAGACUUUUAUAACAAAGAGCAAUAUGAGACUUUGUGAACAAACUUGACUUUCCUUGUUUUAUUUGAUUUUAAUGUUCUUCCACUUGAAUCUGAAAUGUUCAGCAUGACUGGUUUCUGCUGAUUUUUAUAAAGUGAUCAGUUUUUGUAUUUAUUGUGUUGAGCUGUUACACUACUGAUCAAAUCAUGUUUUCCUAAGUCUUAUUUUUGAGCCUUAACGCACAUUUUAAUAACCUUUUUCCAGAACACUGGGUGAGUGGAGGCUUAUUGGGUUCAAUUUGASAAAUUUGAUCGCAAAGGUUCUGUUUGGAAUGUUUUUGUCACAUUUAAUAAAGUUUCACAUUUUGUCUGAUAAA